UACGAAAAUAUGCUCACACUUUGCUCUUGACAUCGGACACGAACAAACCUCCAAAUUAGUACAUACGAUGGCAUCUAGGAAAUUAUUAAUGGGUGUGGUCACCGCACUUGUUCUAUUACAAGGAGGGGAAUCUCGCAGAUUAUCUCCAAGAGCUUCAGGUCCAGGAUUCGCCCCGUACUUCGAUGUAACGUUGGAUCGCCCAAAUCUCUACGAAUAUAUGCAACUGACUGGUCAAAAAGAUUUUACGUUAGCAUUUGCUUUGGGUGGUAGUCAAGGUUGUUAUCCUAUGUGGGGUGCCCAAUUAAAUAUUGACGACCCUGCCGUGCUAGAUCCAAUUAAACAAGUUAUGGCUGCUGGAGGGCAAAUGGUCAUCGCUACAGGUGGUGCAGUUGGCCCUUAUCUGGAGCAUGUUUGCUCAACCUCUGAAGCUCUCGCUACUGCGUACAAGGUUGCUCUUGAUGUCGUGGGGACGACACAUUUGGACAUCGAUAUUGAGGCUCCGAUCAAUAAUGAUUUGGUUAACAGAGCUCUUGCCCAAGUGCAAAGGGAAAGACCAUCCACCACGGUCUCAUACACGGUUAUGAUUCAAGGAGAAGAUUACGGGAUGACGCCAGAGUUAGGGGUGAACGUGCUCAUAAAUGCAAAAGCUAACGGAGUCAGGGUCGACUUGGUCAACGCGAUGACGAUGGAGUUUCCUGGAACAAGUCCUGAAUGGGGGGAUUCCGUAAUUAAUGCGACCAAGGCGACGCUCCGACAAAUGGCGGCCAUUUGGCCGGAGAAGAGCGAAGUCGAACUGAAAGAAAUGGUCGGCGUUACGCCAAUGAUUGGCCGAAAUUUUAAUGGAAAGGUUUUUGAGACACGUCACGGUCGUCAACUCGUGGAAUGGGGAAACUCUGAGAAGAUUGCACAUUUAAGUUUCUGGUCGAUCGGUCGUGACAAUGGGGACUGUCCUGAUGGCACACUUUCUCCUUAUUGCUCCGGAACCACGCAAGGACCUCAGGAAUUUACUUCGAUCUUUAAAGGAUUCAAUCCUGGUCCACCCGUUCCAACCACAACGCGAGACCCGACAGCUCCACCACCCACCACAACGAGGCCACCAUCCACGACCCCACCAAACCGAGAGUGUACGCAUGAAGGAAUUGAUGGCAUUAAAUGUGAAACAACUUUCUGGACGUGUAUCAUACAGGAUGGACAGUUAGUCAAAAUUGAGAUGAGGUGUGCAAUUGGACUUGUGUAUGACCCCACGAUUUUGGCUUGUAAUUAUCCCGAAGCUAUCGGUUGCUAAACAAAGACUUAAAUGUUAUCAGACUUUAAUAUUUGCCUAUUUAUAUAUUAUAAUAUAAACUAAACCCUAAAAAGGAUUGCUUAGGUGAGACUCGGGUAUAUGCGAUUAAAAGGAUGAAAUAACCCUCUCCCUCCUCCCACACUGGAGAGCAAGUGUUGGUAAAAUGAACAUCACCUCCCUGGGAAUAAUUUCCUAACUGUGCAAAUUCUUCCAAAAUAAUUGGAAGAACUAUGUACUGUCAUUUAAAAAAAAGCAAAUUCAAGAAAUGACUGAUUAAUUAUUUCUUGGUUGUGCAUUCAAAACAAGCCUUAGCCCACUUCCAGAGAAAGUUUCCGUAUUAUUUGUAUAUGUAUUACCGAAUGCACUUAUCUUAAAUAUGCAGUGCAACAUUAACGAGGAAUCAACAGGCACCAAUGGCCAUUAUAACGAUAAAGUCAGGAUGUGCAAACUGAAUUCAGAUCAAUUCCGUCAUAUUUGGACGCAAAAUUAUUUCCCCGUGACGAAAUUAUUCCCAAGGCGGUGAUGCUCAUUUUACCAACACUUGCUCUCCAGUGUGGGAGGAGGGAGGGGGUUAUUUCAUCCUUUUAAUCGCAUAUACCCGAGUCUCACCUAAGCAAUCCUUUUUAGGGUUUAGUUUAUUUGUAACUUUUGAUUGUUAAUAUUCGUAAUAAACUAGUAACGAAAUCAAUUAACGAA